CACUUGAGAACAUGAAUUCACCGUCAGCUUUGAAUGCUGAAGAGGAUUGCAUCUGUUUCUGGCAAACAUGAAGUCAGACCUCUGGUAUUUCCUUCUCUUCUGCUUUCAAGUUGAAGCCCUAACAGAAGAAAGACAACAUGGCAUAGCUAAUCAUGGGUUCAUGUCCCAGCUAUGAGCUGUGUAAUCCUGGGCAAGAUACUCACUUUUCUGCUCCCAGUCUAGCUUGGAGAAAUCAAUGAUUCUGCCAAGUCUGAGAUGUUCACGUUUCACGAUGGAGGUGUACAAAUUUUAUGCAAAUUCAGUGAUACUGUCUGGCAAUUUAAAAUGAAGUUGUGGAAAGGGACGGAAGUACUCUGUGAUCUCACUAAGACAAAGGAAAGUGGAAACACAGAGUCCAUCAAGAAUCCAAAAUCCUGUCAGUCUCAGUUAUCCAAUGACGGUGUCUCCUUUUUUCUGAAUAACUUGGACAGUUCUCAUGCCAGCUACUACGCCUGUGAACUGUCAAUUUUUGAUCCUCCUCCUUUUCAAAAAAAGAAUAUUAGCAGAGAAUAUUUGAAUGUUUAUGAAUCACAGACUUGUUGCCAGCUGAAGUUCUGGUUACCCAUAGGAUGUGCAGCUUUUGUUGUUGUCUAUAUUUUUGGAUGCGUAUUUCUUUGUUGGCUUACAAAAAAGAAGUAUCGAUCCAGUGUGCAUGACCCUAACAGUGAAUACAUGUUCAUGGCAGCAGUGAACACAGCCAAAAAACCCGGAGUCACAGGUGUGACUCAUAAUUUGGAACUCUGUGGCACCCAGGCAUGAACUGGGCUGGCCAGCACCCCCUGACGUGAAGUGCAAGAUUCCCUCGUUCCCUGGACCACAGAGAGUCAGCCUUGAUUUGAGUACAUACAUCUUCUGCUGGGGUUUUGUUCAAUGUGGACCAGUGACUCUAUCACUCAAAAGGGACUUUAACACGCUGUUUCAGUACUGUUGGGUUAUCGCAAUACCCUCUUGCAACUAGUUUUAUAGAAAGCCCAGCUCAACAAAUAGACCUCGUUGGGAUGAAUCCUUAUCUUCAUAUCUGCUUCUAGCAAUGCACCAGCCGGUAAAACCGACACACCUACAGAUAUUUUUAAGAGAUGCCAAGGGUACUGAAUCUGCAAAGAAAAUGGGCAGCCAAGGGCCAGCAUCUGUCCACGUUUCAUCAACAGACUACCUCUUCUUCCUACAGGAAUGAGCAUUGCUUUUUAAUGAGAUACUGGAGGGAGAUGCUUCAAAAUUGUAACUAUUUUAUUUCUGAGGUGUCGACAUAUAAUGUACUAUUAUAGUACAUUAGUACACAGUAUACCUUCCAAACUUCUGAACCCCAGUCCUCCACUCUAAGAGUUUAGAUGCCUUCAUCUUCCUUCAAUUUUCCUUUUUAAAAUACUUUUACAUGACCACUCGACAGCCCUUCUGAGUAGGGAGCUAGUUCUAUGUUUCCCCCCUUUACUUCUCAGUAAGACACAUAUAAUAUAUAUUAAGUUACAGCCUAAUGAAUAUUAUUUGCCUAUAUUCUCCCUAUAAGAAUAUUUUUGCUCCAGAAAGACAUCUUAUUUUCCCAAAUUCAGUUAAAAUGAUUUACUUUGUUGACUUGUUUCUACCCCAUUAGUGGUAAAAACAAACAAACAAACAAACAAACAAACAAACAAACCCAAACACAAAAACCAACAAAAUAUUGCCCAGAAUCAGGAGGGACUUUAUUGUAUGAUUCUAUUUUCUACCAUUAUCUAUAUUUUCAUGGUGCUAUUAAUUACAAGCCAGGCUGUUUCUGUAGAUCAUAUUAAAAUUGCAAACCUAAAAACCCCCCAAACCAUCUUUCCCUGUCAAGCAUUGCCCUGGAGAAAGAGCCAGUGAUCCAUUCAGCAGAAAGCUGUAGUUCCUGUAGAGGUCACUUCCAAACUACAGCCACGCUGACCUCUAGGUUUGACAGGAUGAAAUGGUCCCAUCAGCCUGGAGCAGCCAUCCAGACCUGGGGCGGGUGGGGGGGGAAUUUCCAAGGGUUGAGAAACUCCCCUGAGCCAAGGACAACCAGCUGCUGUCGCCCCCAGAGGCAGAAGUCACCCUGGGGACCCCGGUGAGUCUGCCUGCAUUUGUAUUUCCAGGGUCUGGGAAGAAACACAAAUGUGUCAGGGACCGUCAGCAUGAUUCCCUCUCCUAGGAACCAUUCAGCCUGGAAACUGGCCCUGGCCCUUCAAGAUAGGCUUCCUUUGAAUACUAUUUGAUUGGAAAGAUUCCUGAAUACACAUCAUAUGUGAUUAGUCUUAGCUGCAUUAUUUUCUCCACUUCCUGUUCGCAUGCCCCAUGCUUCUGAAGCAGCCAAGGUCUGUGCAACAACAUUUGUAACUUUAGGUAAAAUGGGGUUGUUUCGUUGUUUUAAAGUUGGUAGGGGCCUGCUUAUACCAGAUGUGUCAUCAUGCAUACUUAUGUUGUAAGCAUGCGUGAUGCUGGACGCGUACAGUACAGUACUGCCUUUGUAAUUUGAAUCAAGUACAGUGUUCUGUUUCUAGCUGACUCGGACAGCCCGGUCGGCUCUGCAGAGUGUUCCCUGGGUGGUUUGCGGCGUGCUGGGUGGGGGGUGGGGGGAGCCGUGGAGCCUUCCAGUGGGGUCCGCCUGGCCUGGUUGUCCACACUGUGCUCUCAAGCAUCCUCAUCCUCAGCACUGGACGUUUCAAAGUGAAUUAUUAAGAGAUACAAUUUCUGUGAAAUAAAGACUUGUUUUAAGAGGAGCUACUCAUGAAAUUGAUUUUAGCAGUAGUAGAAAACUAAGGAAUAAACGUUUGAUAUUCAGCCACUGAAAA